CGCAGCUCCUCCGCCUGCCUGCGCGCCGUGGCCGAUGUCCUCCCCGUCUCCUCCGCCUCCUCCGCCGUGCUGGAUUGUUCCCUCUCUAACAAAGCCUGAUCUCAGUCUGCCUGCAGACGGCUGCUCUCCGGACCAGGCGGCUCCGGGUCGCUCACGGCGGUGGAUCUGCUGCUCCAGCGGCUCAACAAAUGCAGAAAAGGGAGAAAAGUUUCGGUAUCCAGAUGCUCUCCGUCCAGCCGGACACCAAGCCAAAGGGCUGUGCCGGCUGCAACCGGAAGAUCAAGGACCGCUUCCUGCUGAAGGCGCUGGAUAAGUUCUGGCACGAGGACUGCCUGAAGUGCGCCUGCUGCGACUGCCGGCUGGGCGAGGUGGGCUCCACCCUCUACACCAAGGCCAACCUCAUCCUGUGCAGGAGGGACUACCUGAGGUGA